AUGAGUUGUCGGAAUUGUGGGACGAGCACGACGCCGUUGUGGAGACGGGACGACGAGGGUCGACCGCAGUGUAAUGCGUGUGGCCUAUACCACAAACUGCAUGGUGUGCCUCGUCCUGUGGCUAUGAAAAAGACCGUCAUCAAGCGGAGAAAACGC